CUAUAAAAACCUCAUUCUCCCUUGAAAUCAGACCAAAACAUUCAUCAACCUGUUUCUCGUACAGAAAAUAAAGAAAAUACGGAGUAUAUUUUAAGGUUACUAAAAAAAAAUGCUUCUUAGAAGCUCUUCAACCCCAAUACAACUGAAGUGCCAUUCGCCAUGGCUGUCAACCCAGAACUCAUCUCCAGACCUGGAUUUCUCUCUUCACACGCGUAAGCUUUCAAGAUCCUCAUCGGCAUCCUCGUUUUCGCCGUCGUCAUGGGGCGGUGGUUCUCAGCAGAAAAUGCCCAGAGCUCUCUCAGAAACAGAUCUCAUCAGCAUGAGAUCGCCUCCACCGCCGCCGUCAAAAAAGUGCAUGUGCAUGUGCAUGCAUGGCUUGCUUUCUGCAAUUCCGGUUGACGAGGAAGAAGAAGAGGAGGAGGAGAGGGUGAUGAGGCAGAAGAAUCGGGUUUUGGUGCUUUCCAACUCCGGGUUGAGAGCAGAGGAGGUGCAGGAGUGCGAGGCUAGUCAUGAAGAGGAGGCGGCGCAGAGGAGGAGUGUGGCGGCGGAGACGAUGGCCGGAGGCGAUGGGGGCGGCGAUGGAAGGAGGAUAUGCGGCGGCGGGAGUGGAGGCGGUGACGGAGAUAAUGGAGAUGGGAAUGGGUCUGAGCAUUGGGAUCCUAAUCAAGGAAGUGAGAGCACUGAUCUCUAUUACCAGAAGAUGAUCGAAGCCAAUCCUGGGAAUUCUUUGCUCCUGGGCAAUUAUGCAAGAUUCUUGAAAGAGGUUAAAUGCGACUUUGUGAAGGCGGAAGAGUAUUGUGGUAGAUCAAUCUUGGCAAAUCCAAGCGACGGGGAUAUACUGGCACUAUAUGCUGAUUUGUUAUGGCAAUCACACAAAGACCCAAUUCGAGCAGAGACUUAUUUUGAUCAAGCUAUCAAAGCUGCUCCUGAUGAUUGCUAUGUUUUGGCAUCAUAUGCACGCUUUUUGUGGGAUGCGGAAGAUGAUGAAGAAAAGGAAGAAGAGGAAUGCAAGAAUGUAAAUGAAGAGAGACAAGACAUGAACAAUAUUAAUAGAUCAAAACCUAGUUUUGUUUGAGGGAAAGCAGCAGCUUAAUAUAUAAGGUUGAAUUAUAUUGAAACAUCUAGACGUAUAUAUAUAUAGUAAAAAUAAUGUGUGUGUGUAUAUAUAUAUAUAAAAUAUAAAGUAUAUUUUUGAUAGUGAAAAUUAGGCUAAGAUAGAUGCAAGUCUUUGUUUAUAUACUAUAUAUAUAAAAAGAGAGUCGAUCAAGUGAGUAUUUUAGUACUAUUCGAAUACAAUUAAGGCACUAUGAAUACAAGUGAGUAGAAUGAGA